AUGUCCUCUCUCUUAUCCAUUCAGAACAAUGACCUGGCUGAAGAAAUCGAAGCCAUCAAUGCAAUCUACGAACCCGACACUGUCGUGGUAACCGCUACGGGCACUUCAGCGUCAUCUAUGUCGACCGUCAAUUCUACACUAGAUUUAGGCAGUGCCACUUCUCCGAACUCAACCUGCCUAUCUACGACGGUGAAACUGCAAAUUCCCAACCAUCUGCAUCUGUCUUUUCUCCUUGGAUUCGACCCCUCGUACCCGGAUACGCCUCCCAAGAUCCUCGGGACGGUGUCUACAGCGUCGCGCGGCGAGGGUAAAGUGGCCAUGGAUGUGUUGGAGGAGAUUGUCGGGAGAAGCUACCAGCCUGGUGCGGUUUGUCUGUUUGAAGUCAUCAACGAGGCGGUGGAAGUAUUUCAGGAGCUGAAUAUCGGGGGAAGCAAUCACAACGAGAGUAGUAACGAUGACAGAGUGGAAGGAAAAGGAAACGAGUCGUUGUCUCCCUCUGGUCUCAAGUCUGAAGAUAUCGCCGCUCUAUCUCUGCGGGAGACCUUUGGGUUGGAGUCUCCGCCAGACUGGACAUUGUCCGACGUGGCGACUGAGAAGAAGUCGGUGUUUGUGGGACGAGCAGCGUGUGUCUCUAGUCUGGAGCAGGCACAGGCCUUUCUGGAUCAUCUUCUCGCAACAGAUAAGAAGGUUGCAGCGGCAACCCAUAAUAUCAGCGCAUGGCGCAUCAGACAGCAGAAGCCGGCCAGCGGGGGAAAGGGAGAAACCACAGAGAUGAUCGUCCAGGACUGCGAUGAUGAUGGAGAGACGGCCGCCGGAGGUCGUCUGCUUCAUUUAAUGCAAUUGAUGGAUGUGUGGGAUGUGGUCGUGGUGGUUACUCGAUGGUAUGGCGGAGUCCUCCUUGGGCCGGACCGGUUUCGCAUCAUCAAUGCUGUUGGUCGGGAUGCCCUGAUCAAAGGUGGAUUUGUGAAGGAGUCCGCCGGAGGCAGUGAAAAGGGGAAGAAGAAGGGAAAGAAAUGA